AUGGCCACAAUAUUUACCAAUGGUCGCAUCUUCUCCCCUGAGACGGAUGGGUUUGUUUCAACUAUGGUGGUGAGAGGAGAGCAUAUCGUGCAUGUUGGCUGGGAAAAGGAUAAAGCAGUAUCACAGAUCCAAGAAACGGUCUCAAGAGUGGACUUGAAGAAUCGCGUAGUGCUCCCGGGUUUUAUUGAUGGUCACGUACAUAUCCUCAACUUCGGUCUGUCACUACAGAAGGUCGACCUUCUACCUUGCAAGUCCCUCUUAGCUAUCCGACAAGCAAUUACCUCCUAUGCAAUCACCCAUCCAUCUGAGCCACGCAUCUUAUGCCGAGGCUGGAUUCAAUCGGUGACGAACGGUGACGCUCUGGCAACCGACUUGGACGACCUAGACCCCCGACCUAUCUAUAUCGAGGCAUUGGACCUUCACUCUACGUGGUGCAAUAGUGCAGCUCUUUCAGAGCUCAAGGUUGAUUCUAUGCCUGACCCUCCAGGGGGAAGAAUUUGUCGUUGCAGUAACGGCUCUCCAUCUGGAUUGCUCGAGGAAGCUGUGCAGUUCAACAUCGUUUGGCCAUUUCUAGACCGUGCCGCAUCAUUGGAAAAGAAGUUGACCGCUAUCGAUGCUGCACUGGGGGCCCAUCGACGAGCUGGAUAUACCGGCCUUGUAGACAUGGCUAUGGGUGAAGCUGAAUGGACAGCGUUGAAUAUCUAUCGGAAUCAGCAGGGUGGGCUUCCAAUGCAUGUGGCAGCACACUGGUUGGUUCCUUACUCAGAAUGCGAUCGUGACAUUGUGGAUCAUAUUGACCGUGCGGUGGCUCUUCAUCGAGAUUUCAAUCGCACCAUCUCUCCGGACUUUUGCAUCAAUGGCAUCAAGCUCCUCUGCGAUGGGACAGUGGACGGCUGCACCGCAGGACUACACCAACCGUAUGGUGGACUGACCAACAUUGUGGACCCUAUCUGGCCGGGCAAUGCCCUUAGGGCAGCUAUUCGCCGUGCUACAGAUGCUGGACUACAAUGUGCUAUUCAUGCAAUCGGAGAUCGAACCGUGCAGUUGGCUAUUGACUGCUUAUCCGAAGUCCACAACUUGCCAAGCUGUCGUCAUCGCAUUGAGCACUUAGAGAUCACAGCACCUGAGGACGCUAAAAGGCUUGGUGAACUUGGAAUAGUAGCCUCCGUUCAACCAGUACACCUCGAUCCAGCAACUUUUGGUGCAUGGCCAGAGAUACUGGGAGCACGCCGGUGCGAACGGGCCUUUGCCUACCAAGAAUUUGUGGAUGGUGGUGCUCAUCUGGCAUUUGGGACCGAUGCCCCCACUGCAGAACAUCUUGCAUUGCCCAAUCUUUACAUUGCCACAACUCGACGGUCGGCCCUGGAUCCCACCUUGACAGAUACCAUCAACCCCAAAUUUGCUGUUUCCCUUGCAACGGCAGUCUCAGCAGCCACUGCAGGGGCUGCCUACGCGUCCUUUGCUGAUUCAUGGACCGGGAGACUACUACCGGGGCUUCAAGCUAAUUUCGUCGUCUUGGACAUGGAAUGGGCCCCGGAGGCUCUUUUAGAAGCCCGUGUAUGUCAAACAUGGUAUAAAGGGAAAAAGGUAUUCGACGAAGAGAUACGUGAGCCGUCAUAUAAGGAGGACCCUUGUCUGAAAGGAUGA